AAAGGCAUUUAUUUCAUUAGUGAUCACCUCGCUCCUCAAACAGUCCCGGGAUGGGGACACAGGCAGAGGGGAAAUGCUACGUCCCGCCAGCAGAGGGCGCGCUCCCCCCCCCCGCCUCCGCUUUCCGGCACCGCGCGCCUUCCCGGCUCCCCCGCUCGCUCCCGAGCGCGCCCCCGCCCGCCACGUCACGUGACGCGCUCGCGGACCCCGAGCUGCCGGCCCAAACCGAGCUCAAUUCGUUGCCAGUAGCCGCUGCCGGUGCAACCCCAAAGGCUCGUCCGAGAGCGUGGGGAGGCUACUGGAGUCGAUGCUUCCUCUUCCCAUUCAGGCCGGCUCCUGCUUCCUUCUCAACACUCGCUGUCGCCGUCUCCCGGAGCCUUUGCAUGAGCUCUUUCGUGCGGGGAAGCGCCGGUGACCAUGUAGGGAGCCAGGGUGAGGCAGCUCCAGGUGCCUGGGACGAGGUCAGCGCCGUCGGCACGCCGCCCCGGCGCCCACCACACCCUCGGUGCGGGCCGGUGCGGGCCGUUGCGGGCCGCUGGGCGCCGCUGGGCCCCUCGGCCCGGGUGGGAGCUCCGGCCUCCAGUUGUGGCCUGGGCCGGAGCACCACGAAAUCUCGCGCCGCCCUCGCGAGAGCCGAAGUUGAAGGAACAUGGCGUCUAAUCUGUUAAAGAAUAAAGGUUCUCUUCAGUUUGAAGACAAAUGGGAUUUCAUGCGUCCAAUUGUUUUGAAGCUUUUACGCCAAGAAUCUGUUACAAAACAACAGUGGUUUGAUCUAUUUUCUGAUGUGCAUGCAGUCUGUCUGUGGGAUGAUAAAGGCCCAGCAAAAAUUCAUCAGGCUUUGAAAGAAGAUAUUCUCGAGUUUAUCAAGCAAGCACAGGCAAGAGUACUGAGCCAUCAAGAUGAUACAGCCCUACUAAAAGCAUAUAUUGUUGAAUGGCGAAAAUUCUUUACACAGUGUGAUAUUUUACCGAAGCCUUUUUGUCAGCUAGAGAUUACUUUAUUGGGUAAACAGGGAAGCAAUAAAAAAUCAAAUGUAGAAGACAGUAUUGUUCGAAAGCUCAUGCUUGAUACAUGGAAUGAAUCAAUUUUUUCAAACAUAAAAAACAGACUCCAAGAUAGUGCAAUGAAGCUGGUGCAUGCUGAAAGAUUAGGAGAAGCUUUUGAUUCUCAACUGGUCAUUGGAGUGAGAGAAUCUUAUGUUAACCUUUGUUCUAAUCCUGAGGAUAAGCUUCAAAUUUAUAGGGACAAUUUUGAGAAGGCAUACUUGGAUUCAACAGAGAGAUUUUAUAGAACACAGGCACCCUCGUAUUUACAACAAAAUGGUGUACAGAAUUAUAUGAAAUAUGCAGAUGCUAAAUUAAAAGAAGAAGAAAAACGAGCACUACGUUAUUUAGAAACAAGACGAGAAUGUAACUCUGUUGAAGCACUCAUGGAGUGCUGUGUAAAUGCCCUGGUGACAUCCUUUAAAGAGACUAUAUUAGCAGAGUGCCAAGGCAUGAUCAAGCGAAAUGAAACUGAAAAAUUACAUUUAAUGUUUUCAUUGAUGGACAAAGUUCCUAAUGGGAUAGAACCAAUGUUGAAAGACUUGGAGGAACAUAUCAUUAGUGCUGGCUUGGCAGAUAUGGUAGCAGCUGCUGAAACUAUUACUACUGACUCUGAAAAAUAUGUUGAACAAUUACUGACACUAUUUAAUAGAUUUAGUAAACUUGUCAAAGAAGCUUUUCAGGAUGAUCCACGAUUUCUCACUGCAAGAGAUAAGGCAUAUAAAGCAGUUGUUAAUGAUGCUACUAUAUUUAAACUUGAAUUACCUUUGAAGCAGAAAGGGGUGGGAUUAAAAACUCAGCCAGAAUCAAAGUGCCCUGAGCUGCUUGCUAAUUACUGUGAUAUGUUGCUAAGAAAAACACCAUUAAGUAAAAAACUAACCUCAGAAGAAAUUGAAGCAAAGCUUAAAGAAGUGCUUUUGGUACUUAAAUAUGUACAAAACAAAGACGUUUUUAUGCGCUAUCACAAAGCACAUUUGACACGACGUCUUAUAUUAGACAUCUCUGCUGAUAGUGAAAUUGAAGAGAAUAUGGUAGAGUGGCUAAGAGAAGUUGGUAUGCCAGCAGAUUAUGUAAACAAGCUUGCUAGAAUGUUUCAGGACAUUAAAGUAUCUGAAGAUCUGAACCAAGCUUUUAAAGAAAUGCAUAAAAAUAACAAAUUGGCUUUACCAGCUGAUUCAGUGAAUAUAAAAAUUCUGAAUGCUGGUGCCUGGUCAAGAAGCUCUGAGAAAGUCUUUGUCUCACUUCCCACUGAACUGGAGGAUUUGAUACCUGAAGUAGAAGAAUUCUACAAAAAAAAUCAUAGUGGUAGAAAAUUACAUUGGCAUCAUCUCAUGUCAAAUGGAAUUAUUACAUUUAAGAAUGAAGUAGGUCAAUAUGAUUUGGAAGUAACAACGUUUCAGCUGGCUGUGUUGUUUGCAUGGAACCAAAGACCUAGAGAGAAAAUUAGCUUUGAAAAUCUAAAACUUGCCACUGAACUCCCAGAUGCUGAGCUUAGAAGGACUUUAUGGUCUUUAGUAGCUUUCCCGAAGCUCAAACGGCAAGUUUUAUUGUAUGAGCCUCAAGUCAAUUCACCCAAAGACUUUACAGAAGGUACCCUCUUCUCAGUGAACCAGGAGUUCAGUUUAAUAAAAAAUGCAAAAGUUCAGAAAAGAGGCAAAAUCAACUUAAUUGGACGUUUGCAGCUUACUACGGAAAGAAUGAGAGAAGAGGAAAAUGAAGGAAUAGUUCAACUAAGAAUACUAAGAACCCAGGAAGCUAUCAUACAAAUAAUGAAGAUGAGAAAGAAAAUUAGUAAUGCUCAGCUUCAGACUGAAUUAGUAGAAAUUUUGAAAAACAUGUUCUUGCCACAAAAGAAAAUGAUAAAAGAGCAAAUAGAAUGGCUAAUAGAGCACAAGUACAUCAGAAGAGAUGAAUCUGAUAUCAACACUUUCAUAUACAUGGCAUAAUUUUGAAUAUCAUGAACAGCAUUAACCCAAAUGUUGGAGUGCUUGGGCAGGAAGUUUUAAUAGUGUGUGCUGGAGGAAGGUUUCUUUGGACUUUGAUUACAUAAUGCAAAUCUCUGCCUUACCUUAUAAAACAACUAUAUUUUGCCAAUCACACUAGUUAGCAUGAUGGCAUACCCUUCAUGUUGCACACACUCUGACAGCAUGCUGUUUUGUGAAGAAACCUUGCAUUCAUGAAGAGCCCAUUAUGAACUUUUAAAAGUAAAUUUGAUAUUUACCUACCAGAAGAAAUGUAGCUUGGAAAGGUGAAGACGGGCUUCUUGUUGCUUCUCUCCCUCCCCCUCCUCCCCUAUUUUUUUCUUCUCUUAAAAAAUUUUACUUGCACAUGGAAGGAUCUUCAGAUAUUUGUGCACUGAAAAAUGCUGUUAUGUUUUGUUUUGUUUUGUUUUAAGAAAUGCAAUUAAAGCAAGAAUUAGCACUAUUAGUUUCUUUUGGUCAAGUGUGUGCUGAUCUACAUUACACUGGGAGAAGACAGGUAUAGGUAAGAAGAUACGUUUUUAAUAGUAUCAAUUUGUUUGAACACUUUCAGUGUAAUGAUUGGAUUUUAACGGUGACCUAAAAAUGGUAUUUAAAUUUCCAGCUACAAAUACUGGCUUUCUUUAAGCAGUAGACCUCUGUUUUGGUUCAUUAUUGUGUUAAUUUUAUAUAUUAUAUGGCUGGAAAGCUUUAUUUCAAAAAAGUGAAACAUUUCAGUUGUUGCUUUGGUUUGAACAAAAAGGUAAGAAUGAAAGAUCAUUUCAGAGUCAAAAUGAUAAAAACAAGCGUUAAGUGUGUUUGCCAACAUACUUUAUAUACCUUAUAUUUAUUAUGCCAUAUCUAAAUUCAUUUAAAACAAGGCAGAAAACUCAAAAUAUAAUUAUACAACUGACCUCUUAAUUUGUAGCAUAGAAAUAUUUUGAUAUUUUAAAAGUUUCAUGAUUAUGGAUUUAUAGCCUCAGGUUUCUGGAAUUGAAGACAUUCUGUUUUAAAAAGUAAUAAAAGUGAUGAGUCACCUAGGAAGAAGAGAAAAACUACAAUGUAAGAUCUGGAUAAGCAAAAUUGUUACAUUCUUAAUAUCUUGCCAAAUAUAUGUACAUAUAUAUUUAUAUAUUUUAAAAAUAAACAUUUUAAAAAUGUUCAGAAGGCAACACUUAUCUCGUUACUUUCAGUCAAUCCAAAGUAGCAACUUAUUUGUUGCUGGCAACUGAAUGCCCAGAGUAGUGAAUUCAGGACUUGAGAACAUGAACAACUUGAAAGAGACAAACAUAUUCCCCAUUAGGAAAGAAUGGCUCAACGUGGAUUUUUAUUCAUUAUGGUGCAUGUUUCAAAUUUUCUUGCAAAUUGUUUUAUAUCUGUUUGAUAUUGAUAUUAAGUAAUAUUUUAAACAUAUGAUUUUGAAAGUAGUGGGAAGUAAAUGCUAGAGGGUUGCAAGGCACACAGUAUUAUUAUUAAAGUGCUUUUAAGAGCAUUUCAUAGAGCUGUCCCCAGUCCCAAGAGGCUUUGUGAACCUCCUGCUAAAAGGAAAGAAAGCAAAUUUAAAAUGGUGAAGGUUUCACUGGCUAUAAUCAAAUAACUGUUCUCAAAUCCAUAGGAAAUUGGAGUUUUGUUUCUAAUUAAAGUCUUUAACAGUUGAGCUCGAAGGGUAGCAUAAGCCAAUUAUUUGGCCAAGAAUAUUGUGAAGAAUUAAACUGUUAGUCUCUAAGUAUAUGAUUGCUAACAAUGGAUACCUUGGGGGGGUGGGGGGACUUGUAAUUCUGUAAUAAUUUGUGGCCCUUAUGUUUAAUAAGGGCCACAAAUAAUUUGGCGCUGGAAAAUUUUCUAAUGUAAAGAUGCCAGAGGAAGAAAAAGUGGAAGGAAUAAUUAUAGGCCGUUUUGUAAAGUUUUAAGAUUUUUUGUUGUUGUUUUAGACCAUAGUUACUCUCAGAACUUUUUUGGAAUUUCUCAUGUUUUGGGUCAUUUUAGUUUAAGAAUGAGAGCCAUGAUGUUUUGAUUUAAAGGCAAAUUUAAUGCAAAAGUGGGUAACUAAAUCCAUAGCAAAGUUUUCUAUUAAAUUUUGUAAAAAUUUUUAAUAGCUAAUUAUGUCCUUAUUGUAUUUUGGAGAAUCGAACAGCAGCAAACACUGUAGACUUACAGGUUUCAUCAUUUUUUGGUUGUGUUAUCAAAUCUAACUACUUUUAUGUUGUUUAUGAAAACUAUUUAGUUGAUAAGGUGCCUAUAUACCAUUGUCAGAUUUUCUUUAAGUAUGUUUUGACAAUAGUUUUGCUGAUUUUAAGAAGGAUUCUAGAAAAAAACAGUUUGCUAAGUAAAAUUGGUAUUCUUUGACUCCCUUUUCUCUACAAUUAAAAUCAGUGCUAAACAGGGAUGAAAUCUGACAUACUUAAGUAAAAAUAAUGUGGGUCAGAAAAAAACAUUUUUCUAAGUAUGGCUGUAGGAUGCAUCAGGUUAAUUUAAGCUUCAAACGUCUUUUAUUUUAAAAUAUUAAUCUUUCUUGCCAUCUCAUUGCCAGAAUAGUAGAUGUUAAAGUCAAAAUGUAAAACAACUUUAAUGCUUAUGACCAGAUAAUCACAUUACAUUAUUGUUCCUAUGAUUUAAUAAGGAUCUUGAAAUAAAUUCUGAAGUCUUCCAAUUUUUACAAUUAUUGAAGGUGUCCCUGUAUUCUGUCAACCUGUUUAAGUCUCUUAUUUUGUGCAUAAAUGUUAAAAAAAAAACUUCCAAAAAAAUGUUAGCUUUAUUUUUACUUUUUACUAAAUUUAAUACAAAUAUGACUGGAGUAGUUAAAAAGUAUUUCACAUUAUUUACAGUAGAAUGUCAUUAGCCCUUCUCAUAGGGCAAAUUUUAAAAUUCAAUUUGAGUGAAAGAUUUGCUAGUUUUCCAGAAAGAUUUGAUAUCUUAAACUCAAGCUGGUUUUUCUAUUUUCAUGUAAAUGACUGGGAUGCUGUCUUACAAACUCUUCCAAGGUCAUGUUUGUGAAAUAAACUUACAUAAGAGCCUUCCUGUCAUCUACAUUAUGUGUCGUCUGGAGUGUUUGAACAAUUUUGAGUUCCUAAAUUGUAACCUAUCCUCGUAUGGUAUAUACGAUUUUGAAUGUGUGCUACUACAUACUGAGAUGAUAAUGCUGUACAAUUUUAAAUGGUAGCAGUUUCUGUAUGCAGUAGGCUGAAAUAUUUUGAUGAACUGCUUAAUUUUGGGAUUUUAUUUUUUAAGUUGUAUAAUUUAUUUUCUUGCAAAAUAAAAAUGUAAUAUAAAAGCUUU